AUAUAGCCCUCACGUUUUACAUAGCGAAUCUCUGAUCAAAGUCUCAAUCGAAAGCGUCAAAGCAAAUUCUCUUCUUGCUCUUGUUCUUGUUCUUAUUCUUGUUCUUCAUGUUGGUGAGAUCAGACCGGGUCUUAUACGCACAGUAGUGGUGUUUCAGCAAUAUAUAGUAGAAGUCGGGGGUGAUGGCGCAGAGCAUAUUGGUGACAGGCGGCGCGGGGUACAUCGGAAGCCACACCGUUCUUCAGCUAUUGUUGGGAGGGUACAAAGCCGUAGUGGUCGACAAUCUCGAUAACUCUUCCGAAAUUGCCGUCAAAAGAGUCCAAGAACUCGCCGGUGAUUAUGGCCAUAACCUUUCCUUUCAUAAGAUGGAUCUACGGGAUAAACCUGCACUUGAACAGCUUUUUGCUUCGACAAAGUUUGACGCCGUUAUCCAUUUUGCUGGAUUGAAAGCAGUUGGUGAAAGUGUGCAGAAACCCUUGAUGUAUUAUAACAACAACCUCAUUGGUACCAUUACACUGUUGGAAGUAAUGGCUGCCCAUGGAUGCAAAAAGCUUGUGUUUUCAUCAUCAGCUACCGUUUAUGGUUGGCCAAAGGAGGUUCCAUGCACAGAGGCAUUUCCCCUAUCUGCUGCAAAUCCAUAUGGACGAACCAAGCUUUUUAUUGAAGACAUAUGUCGUGAUAUCUACGGUUCAGACUCCAAAUGGAAAAUUGUAUUGCUGCGGUACUUUAACCCAGUAGGAGCACAUUCUAGUGGCUAUAUUGGCGAGGAUCCUCGUGGAAUCCCAAACAAUCUCAUGCCCUUUGUGCAGCAAGUAGCUGUUGGCAGGCGGCCUGCAUUGACUGUUUUCGGGACCGACUACUCAACCAAGGAUGGUACAGGGGUACGCGAUUACAUCCACGUCAUGGAUUUAGCAGAUGGGCAUAUCGCUGCAUUGAGGAAGCUCUCUGAUCCUUCUGUAGGCUGCGAAGUGUACAACUUGGGAACUGGGAAAGGAACAUCAGUUUUGGAAAUGGUAGCAGCAUUUGAGAAAGCAUCUGGAAAGAAAAUUCCCCUUGUGAUUGCUGGCCGGCGACCUGGUGAUGCUGAGGUUGUGUAUGCAUCAACAGAUAAAGCAGAACACGAAUUGAACUGGAGAGCAAAAUAUGGAAUUGAGGAGAUGUGCCGUGAUCAAUGGAACUGGGCCAGCAAGAACCCUUAUGGCUAUGGAUCCCCAGACUCCUCUGCUUGACUCAAAGCUGAGACUGUGUCCACACUCUUAAUUAUGUGGCCUCUGUAUUGCUGUACGAAAGUGUCUUAAAUUUGGGGUUUCUGAAGGGAUACUAGUUAUAGGAGAGGAUAUAAGCUUGGGUUAUUUUUUUCCUGAGCUGGACUUCUCUUCUUCCCCGUAAAAGGGGAACCUACUAUAAAGAAUAAAAAAACAGCUGACACUAACGAAUUCUUAUUAUAGUGGCAACAAGUUUAUCACUUGAGCAGCAUAUUGAUGGGCAAAUCUUUGUCUCCCCCCCUUCCCCCUUUUUUCUUCUUUGUGUAUAUGGUUGUGGUGUGUCACUACUUGUAUUCAUGGAGAAUGGUGAUGUGUGCUGGGAUGUGGAUUGUUUUUGGCACAUUUUUUUCGUAGUUUUUUUUAACGACUGAUUAUCUAAUGUCUAUUGAUCAGUGAUU